CAAUCUUCGAUCACCGUUUUGAAUUCGCCAAGGAACUGAUCCUAUUUUUAAUGAUGAGGCUCUGCAUCCGGAUCCCAUUUAAACCGCGACAUUUUGAAUAGGGACUAGUCAAAACUCCGACAUUGGUUUCAAUUCCUUUGUGAUGAGCAGCAGCAAGGAAAGACAGCGAACGAGAGGCGAGAUAGCAUGCGCAGAGUGUCGUAGACUGAAAGCCCGAUGUGACAGGCAAGUACCAUGCUCUACUUGCGUCAAAAGAGGAUGCAGUAUGCUUUGCCCUAAUGGCACGAUGCCCCCAGGAAAAGGUAGCCGCUUCGUCGGCGUUGCCGAAGAAUAUCUACGUCACAAGGCCGCCAGGCUGGAAGAGCGAAUGCGCUCACUUGAGGACGCUCUUGCAAUCCUGCAGGCCAAUACUUCUACUCAGCCACAUCCAUUGCUGACAAAAAUAUGGUCAAAUGAAGAAGCUGAUAUCGGGAGCAGCGUUGACACCACACCUAUGACCGCAGAAUCCAACAUACAUGGUCCGAUGGAUGCCUUAGGCUCUUUACACCUUCAUGGUAAUCCAGAAUCCGGUGCUACUUUUUUCUUCGGACCUUCCGGAGGUUCUGAGACUGAAAACCGAAUUGUCCCUGAAACUUCGUCAUCGUUAACCGAGACACAAGAAAUCGAGGUUGAUUACCUGCCACCUCACAUCAGCAAACUUGACCAGGCUUUCCCUUUCACUCCCCCAGGGCUCCCUAGAGAACGCAUGCAAGAGACGAUAGAAUCAUACCUACCGGAAAUCCAGCGCGCUGUUUCGUUAUGUGAGACUUUCCUAAAGUCUCUCUCAUGGACGCUCCAAAUAGUUUCACGACAGCAAAUUAUUGAUGAUCUCAUCCCAUUGAUAUACAGGCCGAGGAUAAAAUCAUCGAAGCGGCCACCUUAUUGUCCACACGACUUGGCCCUACUAUUCAGUGUACUAGCGGUUGGAGCUUUGGUUGAUCCCACCCUUCCCCCGUAUAAUGCUGAAGCUCGUCACUAUCAAAGACUAGCACGCGCCGCCUUGUGUUUGCAAUCUGUAUUUUCGGAGCGGUCUAUAGUCACGAUUAAGGUAUUGCAUCUUAUGAGUAUGUACUAUGGCAUGAGUGGCGUCGAGAGCAACGUGGAGCUUUGUUAUUCCUUUCUCAACUUUGCUGGCCAAGUCGCACUUCAGGUUAAUAAUGAUCCUUCACGAUGGGGUUUUGAGGGGAAAGAAGCUUACGAACGCCGCUCAUAUUUCUGGGCUCUCUUUUCCCAAACUCUUUGGCAAAGCCUGACCAUUGGACGCCCUCCCGUGAUCAUGCCAGCUGUCGUCGACUGCAAGAUCCCGAGUGACUUUGACGAGGCUACGUACCAGUUGGGAGAAAUUCCCAUUACAUUUGGCAACUGGAGCUCUCGGUAUACGAUGGAGUGCCUAGCACCAGUCAUUGAAGUGACUCAGGCUGUAAAGCCACCUAACUACCAAACCAUCCUCGAAUUGGAUCGUAAAAUACGGGAAUUUUCUGUGUCUGCAUCUCCGGAUUCGCCUCAUUCGGACCGUACAUCCAUGGAGAUGCGCGCCUUUGCUCAAUCACGUUACAGAGAGUUCACGCUCAUGUUCUUGCACAGAGGUUUCUUUGCACAGGCCAUGGGAGACUUUCCUUCGGAUCCACUUCGAAGUCCUGUAGGCCGAUCAUUCAUGGUUGCCUACCAAUGUGCUUGUGAACUGAUUACAGCCACUAUCAACAUAUUUGAGCUACAGCCCGUGUUGUGUUCCCGAAUGUGGCGAAUAUGGUCCCAUACAUUCUCAUCAGCAGUUAUCGUUGGCACCGUCGCCAUCCGAAGACUCGGCAUAAAAUUGGAUCCGGACCCAUUUGACCAUCUAGAAAAGGCGUGUUUAUUAUAUCGCGAUGCGGCGCAGACUUGUAGCCGCGCCAAAAAGGCGCUGCCAGUUUUACUUCGGCUCUAUCAAAAAGCGGUCCAUGUGAGGAUGGACCCUCUUCAAUACACCAGCCACAAACCACCCUUGAGGCCUUCUGAAUCAGUGGACGAACCUGACGAACUAGAGGUGUUUGGUGGUCGGACACUACUAGUAACAAAACUUUCCGAGAAAGUUUCGGGGUCUUCCCAACAUCCAAUCCAACUUGCAAGUUCCACAGCGACUCGAAAUAGUCCCCAAAACCAACGGAACGAUUAUCAGCCUCAUCUUAUCAACAUUUCCGAGAUUCAAGACUAUGCACCUGUGGAAGGAGCGAUCAGGCUGCCUGAGUUGGAAUUUUUUCAGCAGGAGAUGUCCGGGCCAUUAUACGCUCGUUCUCUGCGCACUCCUUCACUUCACGGUCCCCAACGAGGACAGUCGGGGGAUUUGAUGUUGGAAGACAAGUGGUCUUCCUUCGUAUAUGAUGCAUCUCUUCCUCUAGGAUAUUCCCAUCUCGGUCCACAAGCUCGUUGAGUGAUUCCUGAUUGCACCUGUCCCAUGCGAUGCGAUUGAUUCGAGUACUGUAACUAUAUCACUGAUGUGGCUUAUUCAUUUUUAAUGUGUUCGUACAUUACAGCAAGCUAAGCAUUUCAUUACUUCUAUCAUUAUGUAUACAUGAUGUCAGUGUCGGUUCCCUAAAGUCCUUGAUGCGGUGAGCACGGUAACUGUAAUGCUUAAUGAACAGCGCCAAGACGCUUACAUAUUGUACGUCUUCUAAGUCUG